GUGACGGCGUGGCCAGUACACUGGCUCCUCCCUCUUCAAGAUGGCGUCCCUGCUGCAGUCGGAGCGGGUUCUCUAUCUCGUUCAGGGAGAAAAGAAGGUUCGGGCUCCGCUCUCGCAGCUCUACUUCUGCCGCUACUGCAGUGAGCUGCGGUCGCUGGAAUGUGUGUCCCACGAGGUGGACUCCCAUUAUUGUCCCAGCUGUUUAGAAAAUAUGCCAUCAGCUGAAGCCAAAUUGAAAAAGAAUAGAUGUGCCAACUGUUUUGACUGUCCUGGAUGCAUGCACACUCUUUCCACUCGGGCAACAAACAUCUCCACACAGCUUCCAGAUGACCCAGCCAAAACCACCAUGAAGAAAGCCUAUUACUUGGCUUGUGGAUUUUGUCGCUGGACAUCGAGGGAUGUGGGCAUGGCAGACAAAUCUGUAGCUAGUGGUGGUUGGCAAGAACCAGAAAAUCCUCACACACAGCGGAUGAACAAAUUGAUUGAAUAUUACCAACAGCUUGCUCAGAAAGAAAAGGUUGAACGAGAUCGCAAGAAACUGGCACGACGUAGAAACUAUAUGCCAUUGGCUUUUUCGGACAAAUACGGUCUUGGAACCAGGCUUCAGCGACCACGAGCUGGUGCAUCCAUUAGUUCCCUUGCUGGACUUUCCCUUAAGGAAGGAGAGGACCAGAAAGAGAUAAAGAUCGAGCCAGCUCAGGCUGUCGAUGAAGUAGAACCUCUACCUGAAGACUAUUACACAAGACCAGUGAAUUUAACAGAGGUGACCACCCUUCAGCAGCGCCUCUUACAGCCUGACUUCCAGCCGGUCUGUGCUUCACAGCUCUAUCCUCGUCACAAGCACCUUUUGAUCAAACGGUCUCUGCGCUGCCGGAAAUGUGAACACAACUUGAGCAAGCCAGAAUUUAAUCCAACAUCUAUCAAAUUUAAAAUCCAGUUGGUUGCUGUCAAUUAUAUUCCAGAAGUGAGAAUCAUGUCGAUCCCCAACCUUCGCUACAUGAAGGAGAGCCAGGUCCUCCUGACUCUUACAAAUCCAGUGGAGAACCUCACCCAUGUGACUCUGUUUGAGUGUGAGGAAGGUGACCCUGAUAACAUCAACAGCACUGCUAAGGUGGUGGUGCCUCCCAAAGAGCUCAUUUUAGCUGGCAAGGAUGCAGCAGCAGAGUAUGAUGAGUUGGCAGAACCCCAGGACUUUCAGGAUGAUCCUGACAUUAUAGCCUUCAGAAAAGCCAACAAAGUAGGCAUUUUCAUCAAGGUCACCCCACAACGUGAGGAGGGUGAAGUGACCGUGAGCUUCAAGAUGAAACAUGAUUUUAAAAACCUGGCCACCCCCAUUCGCCCUAUUGAAGAAAAUGAUCAGAGCGCAGAAGUCAUCUGGCUCACCCAGCAUGUGGAACUCAACUUCGGCUCACUUGUUCCUUAAAAAAGUUCCCCUGGUGGACAGAUCCCACUUGUGGUAACAUAGUUACACAACUCUGUUACAAUGUGGAAGCUGCUGCUUCAUUAGGCUGUGUUUAUAAAGAUGUACCCACCACUACUGAAUCCUGUUCCUAGGCGUGGAGCAUACGCCAGGAUUAAGAGCAUGGGGUAACUGCUGCUUCCCUGGCUCUCUGUUGACACCAGUUAAGUCUGUGUCUCCUUCACUGAGCCCUGCAUGUUGAUUAACAACAUAGCUCCAUCCUAGUAAAGGGGAUGGCUGUUCCUGGGAGUGGCAUUAGAGUUACCAUCUGAGAAACACGGCCAUGUAUCUCCCAAUUGGAUUUCUCAAAGGAUCACAAUCUGACAGACCAAAAAAUAAAAGGUAAUCCAGAAGUACACCUUGCUGUUAGUGCUCCAGCAUUGGUCUCAAGGUUCUGACUGCUUCCUGCAUCCCAUUAAGGGUAACAUGCCGGUCUAAAGCAGAAUCCUUUCAUGUCCCAUGGCUCUCAUUUGCCAUUGAUUUCCAUUUGACAGAAAAGUAGGAUUGUCACAGAGUCUUUAGUUUUGUGUUGACAGAUAAAACAUGAGAUUUUCUUAAGGCAUUCUCCUAAAGGAAUAUUUAUUAGUUGCUUUAAAAUUUUUCUCAUUAGUAUAUGGGACUUUUAAGAAUUUGAGAAGCCAGCAAUUAUAUAUCACGAAAUUCCGUAUUGCCACAGUAUCUAGGGUCUACUGUUGCUACCGGGAGACAGCUGUAUAGUUCACUUCCUGCCCUGCCCUGCUCUGCUCUGUUCUUUAAUACAAGGACUUGUUCUCGUCUUGGGGAUUUUAGAAAGAGACCAAAGACAGGCUCACUUCUGUAGUGCAGAAAACAUUUUAAAGUUUAGAUUUUUAGUAUGAUCUGAACUAAUGUUCUUUUCACUGAUUUGAAGGAGAAAUUAACUAGUAUAAUCUCUUGAAUCCAAACUGGAUGUUAAAGAAAAGAACUUUUCCCUUACUGGGGAAUAUGACUUGUCACAUGAUGAGUCAAAGGAGGCCAUUUUGACUGUAAACCAUAGUGGCUCAGCAACUAGCCCAGAAAGCUGGCUUGACAGCAGACAUGCUAUUUUUGCUUCGAUUCUAGAGCUGAGUUGCUAACCUUAAUUUCUGUAAGGUUUUCUAAAACAGGACAAAGCAGACCAUUAGCUGUACCACUUUUCCUUAAAGUACUCCUAGAAAGUGGCCAACAGGCUUUGGAAGGAAAUUCUUUUUGCAAACAUGGCAUUGUUUUUUAACAUUUAGUCCCUAGUUUAAAAAGAAAUGGAUAUAAUCUAGACUAGAUAGGAAGUGGUCUUUGUCAGUUCCCCUUUAAAGAUGAAACUAUUUAGGAAGCUACUGAAAGACACUAAGUUACAUUUUAAGGUCCAUUCAUUUUAUGGGCCAAUUUUAUGAAGCAAUAUUCACACAGUAAUCUGUAUGCCACAGUAUAAGAAUAAACUACUGAUUUCUAACAUUAUGGUAAUAGUAACUAAUGUUUAGCCUCUUAGAAGUUGGGGCAGGGAAAUGGAUAAUUACAAGUUGCAAACUACAGAAAGUUUAAUUUUAUGCAACCCCACAAAGUAUCAAGUGAAACUACUGCUCACCAUUUGUCAGUGGAGGAAAGGGGCAUCAAGGUACAGAACAAUUUCAUAUGUCUACACAUAUGAACUGUGUAGACAAGUACAGUUCCAUGUCUGUAUGCCUUUAUGGCAUGUAACUGAUACUAGUAAUCUCCCAAAAAUAAUAAUGUUGAAAUAAUGGAUCUCAUCGCUCCUAGGUGAUACAGAAACACAGAGACACCUUUGAUCAUUAAUUUUUUUUUUUCUGUUAUUACAGAAUAACAGAGCCACUAGUUUAAUGUUUCCUCAAGAUAGGUUUUAGUGCAAGCAGGUAUUGUGUAUGUUGGUAGAAAAGGUUCAACACCUGUGCUGGUGAAUGAGGAAUUGUAUCUGUUGCCCUUUUUGUAUUAGAUCAGGCACAAAGUUUUUAAUAGUAGUGUGCACCACGACAGGAGAGUUAGAUGUCCUUAGAACUUGAAACUACAAUUUUGAGAACUUCAGGCUAAGUUAAUUUGGGUUUGUGAACUGAUAUGCACACCAACAUUUUGUUUCAGGUAUAUAGUCUAGGCAUACUGAGCUAAAUGCCAUGUGUCUUUGUAAGAAGAAACCUCUUUGGUCCUUUUGGGAAGGAGAGGCAGGCUUGAUUUAUGAAUAACAGGUUACUGUUUUGCCUUAUUGCUUAAUGUAGUGAAAUAAAGCAGACAAAGCUUGA